UCAGUCCAAGGCCAAAAGCAAGAAACGUAAUUUUUCGGAUUGGUUGAAUACAGCUAUUGAGAUCAAAUAUGGAAAGUGAACCAGGCCCGGAGAAUGUGGAACAGAACCUGUGUGCUAGCGCUGCGGAGGAAGAAUUGAACAAGUCUUUCAACUUAGAAGCUUCUCUUUCGAAGUUCUCUUACAUAGAUCUGGAUAAGGAGCUGGAGUUCAAAAAUGAUCUGAUUGACGACAAGGAGUUUGAUAUUCCUCAAGUAGACACCCCUCCGACCCUGGAAAGCAUACUGAACGAGACCGACGAUGAAGAUGACCCCUUUGUUCUCGAGGACCCCACAUUGUUAAACGUCGACACCAUCGACUCUCACUCUUACGAUACCUCGUCUGUGGCAAGCUCAGACAGCGGUGACAGGGCCAACUUAAAGAGGAAGAAGAAGUUGCCUGAUUCUCUCUCCCUGCAUGGGUCGGUUAUGCGGCACUCACUUCUAAAGGGGAUAUCUGCGCAGAUGGUGUCUGCAGCUGACAAAGUAGAUGCUGGUCUGCCUACAGCAAUUGCAGUGUCCAGUCUCAUAGCAGUGGGUACAUCUCACGGAUUGGCUUUAAUAUUUGAUCAGAAUCAAGCGCUGCGGCUCUGCCUGGGUAGCACUAGUGUCGGAGGGCAGUAUGGAGCCAUCUCUGCCCUCAGCAUCAACAACGACUGCUCAAGACUUCUUUGUGGCUUUGCGAAAGGACAGAUCACCAUGUGGGACUUGGCCAGUGGAAAGCUUCUCAGAUCAAUAACAGAUGCCCAUCCUCCGGGGACAGCCAUCCUGCACAUCAAGUUUACAGAUGACCCAACUCUUGCCAUUUGCAACGACAGUGGAGGCUCUGUUUUUGAACUAACGUUUAAGAGAGUGAUGGGUGUGAGAACAUGUGAAUCUCGGUGUCUGUUCAGCGGCUCCAAGGGUGAAGUCUGCUGCAUUGAACCCCUGCAUUCCAAGCCCGAGCUGAAAGACCAUCCCAUCACACAGUUCUCACUACUGGCCAUGGCGUCUUUAACAAAGAUAUUGGUGAUUGGGUUGAAACCAUCCCUGAAAGUAUGGAUGACUUUUCCCUAUGGACGGAUGGAUCCUUCCAGUGUUCCGUUGCUGGCCUGGCACUUCGUGGCAGUGAGUAACUGUGUGAAUCCGAUGCUUGCCUUCUGCAGAGGAGACAUGGUUCAUUUUCUCCUGGUUAAGAGAGACGAAUCGGGCGCAAUACACGUAACCAAGCAAAAGCACCUUCAUCUGUACUACGAUCUGAUCAACUUUACUUGGAUAAACUCACGCACAGUUGUGCUGUUAGACAGCGUGGAGAAGUUGCAUGUGAUUGAUCGGCAGACACAGGAAGAACUGGAGACAAUGGAGAUCUCAGAAGUCCAGCUGGUCUACAACAGCAGCCACUUCAAGUCCCUGGCCACCGGAGGGAACGUCAGCCAGGCGCUGGCUUUGGUUGGAGAGAAGGCUUGCUAUCAGUCCAUCAGUAGCUAUGGCGGUCAGAUCUUCUAUCUGGGAACAAAGUCUGUGUACGUGAUGAUGCUCAGGAGCUGGAGGGAGAGAAUGGAUCAUCUCCUGAAGCAGGAUUGUCUCACAGAAGCCUUGGCUCUCGCGUGGUCUUUUCAUGAAGGAAAGGCAAAAGCAGUCGUGGGGCUCUCAGGGGAUGUCAGUAAGAGGAAGGCUGUUGUUGCUGAUCGGAUGGUAGAGAUCCUGUUCCAUUAUGCAGAUCGGGCUCUGAAAAAGUGCCCAGACCAGGGAAAAAUCCAAGUGAUGGAGCAGCACUUCCAGGAUACAGUGCCAGUCAUAGUGGACUACUGCCUCCUGCUCCAGCGGAAGGAUCUUUUAUUUAGCCAAAUGUAUGACAAAUUAAGUGAAAAUUCAGUGGCGAAAGGAGUGUUUUUGGAGUGCCUUGAGCCAUAUAUUUUAAGUGAUAAAUUGGUGGGGAUUACACCCCAGGUCAUGAAAGACUUGAUUGUUCAUUUCCAAGAUAAAAAACUGAUGGAAAACGUGGAAGCCCUCAUUGUGCACAUGGACAUCACCAGCCUGGAUAUUCAGCAGGUGGUUCUUAUGUGCUGGGAAAACCGUCUGUAUGACGCUGUGAUUUACGUCUACAACAGAGGCAUGAAUGAGUUCAUCAGUCCAAUGGAGAAACUUUUCAGAGUCAUUGCCCCUCCUCUGAAUGCAGGAAAAACCCUCACAGAUGAACAAGUUGUCAUGGGCAACAAGCUCCUGGUGUACAUCAGCUGUUGCCUGGCAGGCCGUGCCUACCCCCUUGGUGACAUCCCUGAAGAUCUUGUUCCCUUGGUUAAAAACCAGGUGUUUGAGUUUCUGAUCCGUCUGCAUUCUGUGGAAGCAUCCUCGGAGGAAGAAGUCUAUCCUUAUGUUCGGACUUUGCUACAUUUUGACACAAGGGAAUUUCUGAACGUGUUGGCACUGACCUUUGAAGAUUUUAAAAAUGACAAGCAAGCUGUGGAAUACCAACAGCGUAUUGUGGAUAUUUUAUUGAAAGUUAUGGUGGAGAAUUCAGAUUUUACCCCAUCACAAGUGGGGUGUCUCUUUACGUUCCUCGCCCGGCAGCUCGCAAAGCCCGACAAUACCUUGUUUGUGAACAGAACCCUCUUCGAUCAAGUCCUUGAGUUCCUCUGUAGCCCCGAUGAUGACUCCCGCCACUCUGAAAGACAGCAGGUCCUUUUAGAGUUGCUGCAGGCUGGAGGCAUAGUUCAAUUUGAAGAGAGCCGGCUCAUCCGCAUGGCAGAAAAGGCUGAAUUCUAUCAAAUCUGUGAGUUUAUGUAUGAGCGAGGACACCAGUAUGACAAGAUCAUUGAUUGCUACCUGCAUGACCCUUUGCGAGAGGAAGAAGUCUUCAACUACAUCCACGACAUCUUAUCCAUCCCUGGCCACAGUGCCGAGGAGAAGCAGUCUGUGUGGCAGAAAGCGAUGGAUCACAUGGAGGAACUGGUGUCCCUGAAGCCCUGUAAAGCUGCGGAGCUGGUCGCUACUCACUUUUCGGGACAGAUUGAAGUAGUCAUUGGACAGCUUCAGAACCAGGUUUUGCUUUUCAAAUUUUUGAGGAGUCUUCUUGACCCAAGGGAAGGUGUUCAUGUCAGUCAGGAACUGCUGCAGAUACCGCCUCAUGUUACAGAGCAGUUCAUUGACUUGCUGUGUCAGUUCAGCCCCGACCACGUCAUAGAGACACUGCAAGUCCUCGAGUGCUACCGUCUGGAGGAAACCAUUCAGAUUACACAGAAGCACCAGCUCCAUGAAGUCACUGCCCAUCUCUUGGAGAAGAAGGGGGACGUUCAUGGUGCCUUCCUGCUGCUGCUGGAGAGACUGCAGAGCAGGCUGCAAGAGAUAACACAGCGGGGCGAAAAUACCAAGGAGGACUUCCUGCUAAAAGGCAUUGAAGACACCAUGGUGGAGACAAUUGCUCUCUGCCAGAGAAACUCACAGAAUCUGAAUCAGCAGCAACGAGAGGCCCUCUGGUUUCCACUGUUGGAGGCGAUGAUGGCACCGCAGAAGCUGUGCAGUUCAGCGGCUCCUCUUCAGCACUGUGAAGCCCUGAAGUCCUUGACCAUGCAAGUUCUAAACAGCAUGGCAGCGUUCAUCGCCCUCCCGUCCAUCUUGCAGAGAAUCUUGCAGGACCCAAUUUAUGGAAAAGGAAAACUUGGAGAAAUCCAGGGCCUUGUUCUGGGGAUGCUGGACACCUUUAACUAUGAGCAAACCUUGCUAGAAACAACAACCAGCCUUCUGAACCAAGAUCUCCACUGGUCACUAUGUAACCUGAGAGCAUCGGUCUCCAGAGGACUCAACCCCAAACAGGAUUACUGUUCCAUAUGUCUACAGCAGUACAAAAGACGCCAGGAAAUGGCCGAUGAAAUCAUUGUCUUUAGCUGUGGCCAUUUGUAUCAUUCAUUCUGUCUACAAAGCAAGGAGUGCACCCUAGAAGUUGAGGGUCAGACCAGAUGGACGUGUUACAAAUGCAGCUCAAGUAACAAAGCAGGCAAACUCAGUGAGAAUCCUUCUGAAAGUAAGAAGGCGCGGAUAACCUCGUCACAGGUAAAAAUGUCUCCAUCAUAUCAUCAGUCCAAAGGGGAUCUUCCUGCCAGGAAGGCAAACUCAGAACCGGUUCUGGAUCCACAGCAACUCCAAGCCUUUGACCAGCUCUGCCGGCUCUACCGAGGAAGUUCUAGGCUGGCUCUCCUAAUGGAACUCUCCCAAAACCGCAGCGGCGAUAGCUAUAGGCCAUUUGCUGGCUCCCAGAGCGGCCCUGCUUUCCACAGCAUCUUCCAGAACGAGAACUUCCAGCUGCAGCUCGCGCCUCCACCUGUGACUGAAGACUGAGGCCUCCCUGGAAGAGCCCAGUGCUGCAGGAGGCAGGAGAGGGCCCCUGGACGCUCCUGCACAGAGGCC